AUGGCGGAAGACUAUGCAAGCUUUCAAGACGCCGAAUGUGUGAGUGAUCCGGUCCCUGAAGAAGCUCCUCCUCGCAAUCAUGUGUUGCUCUCAGGUCGCUUCAACACUGACAAUAACAAGAUAAAGAACUACAUGGAAAAGGUUGGACGUGAACUCAAUGAGCUCGGAGUCUCAACUUUCCUUGUGAACACAAAGCGGGAUUUUGGCGCCGAGACUGUGCGUGGGCUCGGAGGAGCUAGAUGCAUGGUGGCGUUUUGUAACUCAAGCUACGGUGAGAAGACGAGUGACACCUACGAGACUUACUGUGAGCUCAAGCAUGCUUACGAAAACAAGCAUGACAUUGACCUCAUUCCGGUGCAGUUAUGCCCAACGUGGCCACCACAACCAAAAGGUGAUGAAGGAAAGCACUUGUGUAACUUCGUUUUGGGGAGCAGCAAGGUGAGGAUUAAAGGCAUUGAGGGCGACAAGUACAAGCCGGCCCACAAGUUGGCUGCAGACAUUCGUGACCAUAUCGAGGGUUUAGGAGUGUUGGAUCAAGUCAGGUGUACACCUCCACUUACUACCGUGCACGAAAGCGAUGGCGGCGAGGCUACUCGGGAUGGAUACCUCGCAGCUUAUUGA